CCCGGGUCUCUCUUUUCCCUGGACCUGGGAGUCCGCUGCUAUCCAAAUCCUGUGGGCUUCUCUCCCAAGUUCCCCUUAGCAUCCAGGACCGGCCUCCCUCGGCCCCACAUUCCAGGCGUCUAACUCCCCUCUCUCGGCUCUUUUGGCCAGAGCGCUCGCUUUCCGGAUUCCCGGGUGGGCACCGCGCGGAAGGGGGAGGAGGUGGUUGGGAGCUUGGGCACCGCCCCCCGGGAGCCGAGCUCCGGAGCGCCGGAGACUGCGAUUCCGAAAAGUAACACGCGGGGGCGCCAGGACGCGCGGACGCAGGCGAGGCAGCGCAAGGUGGUUUCCGUCCGUGCGGCAGCGGCGCGGGCGCUGUCCAGCGUGCUGAAGCCGGAGCGAGCGAGUCGCCCAGAGCCGCGCGGAUCCAGCUGAGCCCAAUCCACUGGACGCCAGAACUCGACCGUCGCUCCUAUCCCAGCCACUGCUCGGAGCCGAGGCGGACGCGUCCCGAUCUUCCCCUGUCCCCACCCCGCCCCGACCCUCCUCUCCACCUCCCGCAUCGUGACACCAGCUGUCUCCGGCAGUCCUUUGGUCAUGAAAUCGCUCAGGUUGCCGGCUUCCACCCUCUUCUGCUUCCUUCUACUGAUCAAGGGGUUGGGAGCAGCGCCCCCGGGGCACCCUGAGGCGCAGCCACCUCCCCUCAGCUCUGAACAUAAAGAGCCGGUAGCUGGGGACGCAGUGCCCGGGCCGAAGGAUGUUAGCGCCCCAGAGGUCCGAGCCGCUCGAAAUUCUGAGUCUAAGGAAGAGGGAGAGCUUUUCCAGGGCGUGGAUCCCCGGGCGCUGGCCGCGGUGCUGCUGCAGGCACUUGACCGCCCGGGCUCGCCUCCGGCACCCGGCGGCUCCCAGCAGGGGCCAAAGGAAGAAGCCGCAGAAGCUCUGCUGACCGAGACGGUGCGCAGCCAGACCCACAGCCUCCCGGCCCCAGAGACCCAGGCACCUGCGGCCCCGCCUCGCCCUCAGACUCAGGAGAAUGGUCCCGAGGCUGGCGACCCCUCCGAAGAGCUCGAGGCGCUAGCUUCCCUGCUCCAGGAACUGAGAGAUUUCAGUCCGAGCAACGCCAAGCGCCAGCAAGAGACAGCGGCAGCAGAGACGGAAACUCGCACGCACACGCUGACCCGCGUCAACCUGGAGAGCCCCGGGCCGGAGCGCGUGUGGCGCGCUUCCUGGGGAGAGUUCCAGGCGCGCGUCCCGGAGCGCGCGCCCCUGCCACCCCCUGCUCCCCCGCAAUUCCAGGCGCGUAUGCCCGAGAGUGGGCCCCUUCCUGAAGCCCACCAGGUCGGGGAAGGAGUGUCCUCCCCCAAAACACAUCUAGGUGAGGCAUUGGCACCCCUAUCCAAGGCGUACCAAAGCCUGGGUGCCCCUUUCCCCAAGGCGCGCCGUCCGGAGAGCUCACUCCUUGGCGGCUCUGAGGCGGGGGAGCGCCUUCUACAGCAAGGGCUGGCGCAGGUAGAGGCCGGGCGGCGGCAGGCAGAGGCCACACGGCAGGCCGCGGCGCAGGAAGAGCGGCUGGCAGACCUCGCCUCCGACCUGCUGCUCCAGUAUUUGCUGCAGGGCGGGGCCCGGCAACACGGCCUUGGGGGUCGAGGGCUGCAGGAGAAGGAGGAGGAGCGAGAGAGCGAGAGGGAGGAUGCGGAGGCGGAGCAGGAGAGACGCGGCGGGGCGGAGAGGGUGGGGGAAGAGGAUGAGGAGGCGGCGGAGGCGGAGGCAGAGGCGGAGGAGGCGGAGAGGGCGCGGCAGAACGCGCUGCUGUUCGCAGAGGAGGAGGACGGGGAAGCCGGAGCCGAGGACAAGCGUUCCCAGGAAGAGAUGCCCGGCCACCGUCGGAAGGAGGCUGAGGGGGCAGAGGAGGGCGGGGAGGAGGAGGACGACGACGAAGAGAUGGACCCUCAGACGAUCGACAGCCUCAUUGAGCUGUCCACCAAACUCCACCUGCCAGCGGACGACGUGGUCAGCAUCAUCGAGGAGGUGGAGGAGAAGCGGAAGCGGAAGAAGAACGCCCCUCCCGAGCCCGUGCCGCACCCCCNGCCCAGGCGCGGCGCGCGCAAGAGGAGGCGGAGGCGGAGGAGCGCCGGAUGCAGGAGCAGGAGGAGCUGGAGAAUUACAUCGAGCACGUGCUGCUCCGGCGCCCGUGACCAGCUCUGGUCCCGCCCCCGCGCGCCCCAGCCGCGCUCGCUGCCACCCCCCUCCGUGUUGCUCCUCUCCCUUCGCGGUGUUUGCAUGCACCCCAGCCCCGCCCCUGGCCGCCUCCCGGCGCCGCCCCCGGAUUGCCCCGCCCCGCCCUCGGGUCGCCCCGCCCCCGGGCUGCGCCGGGACCCGUCAGACCGCUUCCCGGAUUCGAAGCCCGAACUCCCCAAACUCACUCAAGGAGGCACCCAGGGCCACCCCAGGCGGGCGGGUGGUUUGUGCGAAUCUCCUCCCCUCACGGGCCUCUGUCCCCAUCUAGUCCCUGUCGGGACGUCCCCGUCCAAAACCGGAAAAAGCUGUUCCAGUUAA